AUGGCGAUCGAAAAGUCUGCCGAUCAUUCCACCGUCGAGACUGUCCAUGCCGACUCGGCUGAUGUUGCAGCAGAUCCCGGGGCCAAAUCGGCUCUGGUGAGCGACAACGUGUUCGAGCAUCAACAGACGGUCCGGCAGGUGAUUUUCGGCCACCCAGUGUUGAUCUGGUGGUCGUUCUUCUUCAGCGUCAGUGCCAUCGGAUGGGGAUUUGACGCCCAGGUCAAUGGAGCCGUCCUCUCCAUCCCGUCAUUCCGACGCGACUUUGGUGAGCAGUAUGACGGCGGCUUUGUCGUCCCGGCUCCCUGGUUGAGCGCGUUCAACUCGAUCUCGUCCGUCGGCCAGUUCUUUGGCGGCUUUCUUUGCAGCACGAUUGCGGACCGAGUCGGUCGAAGGCUGGCUCUCGCCGUCGGCGUGGUCAUCACCUGUGGAGGCAUCUUUGGAGAGCUCUUCUCGACAGCGCGAGCAGCAUUCCUCAUCAGCAAACUGAUCCUGGGAGUGGGUCUGGGCUUUUACCUUACCAUCGGGCCCUUGUACUCUUCCGAGGCGAGUUAUGUCCAAUACCACGAUUUGAGAAUCAUGUCACUAACCAGGUCACAACAGGUUUCGCCCGUUGUGCUGCGCGGUAUCACGACUGCCGGUGUGAAUCUCGGGAUAGUCAUAGGCCAGCUGCUCUCCAACGCGGCCAUUCGGGGCUUCGGGGAGCGAGGCGAUAAAUGGGCAUACCGGGGCCCAUUUGCGAUUCAAUUCUUCUUCGUCGCGAUCGGACUUCCCUUCUCCAUUGAGUCCCCCUGGUACCUCGUUCGCCGCAACAAGAUCGACGAGGCGCGAACCGCUCUGCAGCGACUAUACGGCGCCGACACGAAUAUUGAGACAAAGCUCGUGGCCAUCCAGAUGACCGUGGCCCAGGAUCUCGCAGCCAAGGAGUCCAAGUGGUCCGACGCCGUCCGCGGCACCAACCGCGUGCGGACGCUGAUCUCCGGCGGCGUGUUCGUGUGCCAGCACCUGGUCGGCAUCAUCUUCGUCCUCGGGUUCUCCUCGUACUUCUUCCAGCUCGCCGGUUUACCUACAGAGCGCUCAUUUGAUCUCGGCGUCGGCGUGACCGCCUGCGGCGUCGUGGGCACCAUCAUCUCCUGGACCAUCGUCAACCGCCUGGGCCGCCGCAUCAUCUUCAACUCCGGCAUGGCCAUCCUCAGCACGAUCAAUCUGCUCAUCGGCAUCCUCGACGUCGUCCCCACCCGCGGCGCGAGCUGGACACAGGCCGCGCUGACCGUCGUCUGGGCCUUCUUCUACCAGGUCAGCAUCGGCGCCGUGGCCUUUGUGCUGCUCGGGGAAACCUCGUCGCCGUCUCUACGAGCCAAGACAACCGCCGUGGCAACCGCAACGCAGGCCGUCUUCGGCAUCGUCAUGAACAUUGUGAUUCCGUACAUGGUGAACCCGGACGAGGGCAAUAUGCAGGGCAAGGUCGGAUUUGUCUUUGGCGGGCUCGGGGUGAUCGCCACCGUGCUGUGCUACUUGUACAUUCCAGACUUGAAGGGUCGCACUUUCGAGGAGAUUGAUCUCAUGUUUGACAACCGGGUGCCGCCGCGCAAGAUGGGCGGGUAUGUGAUCGAGCACUGA